AUGUCUUCCCUGUCGCAACUGCUCUUCUGGGGUGCCAGGAGGGUCGCGUGCAGCACCGGCCGGUCCCUGCUGUCCAAGGACUCCGCGGGGUGGCCAUGUGUUCAGACCGCGGGGAAAAAGAACAGCCUGGAUCUUCCCGUCCUAAAUGAAGAGGAGCUGGAGGAGCACUUUGUCAGAGGUUCGGGUCCGGGCGGACAAGCGACAAACAAAACCAGCAACUGCGUGGUGCUGAAACACGUACCGUCCGGCAUCGUCGUUAAGUGUCACCAAACCAGGUCAGUGGACGUGAACCGGAAGCGAGCUCGGGAGAUUCUGCGAGAGAAGCUGGACGUUUUAAACAAGGGAGAAGAAAGUGACGUCAUCAGGGAAAAGAAAGAGGCGGAGUGGAGAAAACGGGAGAAGAAGAGGAAGGCAAAGGAGAACUUGGAAAAGAAAAAACUAUUUAAGGAGGCCUUCGUGACAGAUUCCAAACAAGAUGAAACGUGAAGAUAAUUUGAGAAAAUGACCUUUGUCCUCUGUGUUGUGUCCAAACACACAAUAUGAAUGUUAAUUACAUGGAGGGGAGAAAUCCACAGUCAAAAUAAAUGCCGUUUUUCACGUGAAAUUGAGUGUGAAA